AUGAGUGUACCUAAAUUAUUAUUUCCUUAUCAUAAUCGUAUAGAAACAAAUUUUACAUUAGAAGCAACUGAUGGAUGUUUUAUAUGGUCUUCAUCUCGUCCAGAUUUGGUUCAUGUUGAUCAAUUGUUGUCAGUAACUAAAUACGGUCAAACAUGUAGUUCAAAAGCAAAUGUGAUAUCAAUAGCGAAACAACCGAUUAGGAAUAGUGCGACGGUGUAUGCUAAAGAUGUAAUGACAGGUCAAACAGUUCGAUGUGAUGUAAUUAUUGAUAAAAUAUCAGCAUUAGAAAUUAUCUAUACAACAACACGUUUAUAUUUGGAAGAUGCACCCGAAUUAUUCAAAAUACGAGCACAUGAUCAUGUUGGUUCAACAUUUUCAUCAAUUGAUCAUUUUCCAUUCGAAUGGAAAUUAUUAACAGAUGAUCAUUUAACAGCAACUACAGAGCAAAAGAAACAUAUGAAUGUAGUAGAUGCAACAAAAGUAAUUCGUAUAUUACGCUUAACCGAUUCAUCGUAUGAGAUGAGUGAUACAAUUCGAGAUUUAGAAUCUCACGGUUCAUUAAGUUAUAAAAUAUUAUUAGAAGGUUUACGUACUGGAUCAGCAUUAGUUCAAGCUGAAAUAAUUGAUAAUGAUUAUUAUCGUUCAAUUCAAACAAAAUCUGUUCGUAUUAGUGUUAGUGCCAACGUUCAAUUAUAUCCAUCUUAUGAUUUAUAUUUAUUACCAUAUUCACGUGUUCAAUUUCGUCUAUUACAAAUAAAACGAAAUGAAUAUAAAGAUAUUUCAACAUUACCGUCAACGAAACAAUUGUAUGAUGUUAAUGUAUUAAAUACAAAUGCUGGAGAUUUUAAUAAAAAUACGUAUCUAUUUAAAGCAACUGAUCAUGCUGAUGAAACAACUCGUGUGGAAUUAAUUGAUCGUAAUAUGAAAGCAAUCGAUUUAGAUUCCUAUGAACCAAAUUACGUUUCAAUAAAAAUUGUAAAUGUUGGAUAUUUAUCAGCAACAACUAAUGCAACAAAAACAUGGAUAUUUCAACUGGGUCAUACAUAUCUAUUAACAAUUGAGUUAUUUGAUGUUAAUGGUAGAAGAAUAUAUUCAGCUGAUAAUUUAAAUUUACAAAUCAAUAUUCCAAAAGAACAACACAAAACAUGUCUGACAUUGAAAUCAUCACAUAAGAAUGGUACACAAUAUGAGAUAAGACCCAACUGUGUUGGAAGAUUUCAUCUAGAAUUUCACUUGAAUGGUAUAUACAAUGAACGCAAUGAAUUGAUCCAGUUAACAUCAAUAGCCACAAGUGGAGAACAAUAUUUCGAUGUUUAUCUACCAUUAACGGUUACACCAAAACAUAUUUUAUUACCGGCUGAUACAACAUCAACGAAUGAUCAAUCAACGUCAUCUUUACAAGCAUGUCAUUUAACUGUAGCCGGUGGUAGUGGUGAUUAUAUAUGGACAUCUCAUGAUGCAAAUAUAGUUAGUGUAUCGGCACAUGGAAAUUUGAUUGAACAAAGUGGAGCUGCGAAUCAAACAAUUGUUCAAGUAUUUGAUAUGAAAUCACCAGAAUUAAAUGCAUCCGCCCAUAUAGAACUUGUUAAACCUGAUCAAAUGGAGCUGUUAACCUGUCCUGUUGAAACGGAAUUAUCAAAUACAUUACGUUUACCAAUUAAAAUGUCUUAUAAACAUAAUCAAUUAACAUGUUGCUCCCGAUUAGAUUUUCAUGUUCAAUUAGACGAUGAACAAUUAUCAAAUGGUAUAUUUGAAUAUCAAGGUGUUGUAUCUCCAAACAAUGAAAAAUAUAAUGAUGAUAAAUCGGCUUGUGCCAUUUUACUAUUUAAAUCGAUUAAAUCCGGUCUAACAAGUGUUCGUGUAACAUUAAAAUCAUAUAAUUUAGAACAAUCACUAUUGAUUAGUUCCUAUGAGUCAUUAUAUGUGAAUCGUCAACGAUUAUUAUUAUCAGUUGAUUCAUUGUUUCAUUUAAAACUUGCAAAUGGUCCCUUGAUUGUGUCGGAUCAACAUAAGCAUCAACAGAAUCCACAACAAUUUGAUAUAACAUCGGCUGAUAAUGAACAACCAGUUGAUGAAGCACAUUUAAAAAUAAGACAACAUGGCAAUCAAUAUAUCGAUGUAAAAUGUCGAAAACAAGGAAAUUAUAAAAUUAAUAUACAAAUGAUUAAUAAAGUAACAAAACAAAAUACAUGUCCAACGAAAUCAUCUAUUCAAAUUGAUAUUCAAUGUGAAAAUAUGCCCAGUUAUCUAGUAUUUGAACCUAUCUAUGAUGGAAUAAAAACCUUAUCUACGGCAUGUCCACUAACAACGAAAACAAAAGUUGUCGCUUAUUAUGAUAAACCAUUAACCAUUAAGGUUACUGCCUACGAUGAACGACGUAGACAAUUCGAUAAUUUUACAUCUCUUCAUGUUGAUUGUUCAAUAUCAAAUAAAGAAUUAGCUAAAUUUAAACAAGAUCAUGGUAAAUUAGAUCACAAGAUAAAUGAAAAUGACGAUUCAGAUAUUGCUUAUGUUGAAAUUAUUCCAAAAAAAAUAGGUGGUAAUUUAACGUUAACAUGUCGAUUAAAAUCAUCUUUAAUUGAUGAACAAUUAAAUAUUGAAUUUGUUAAAGGAAUUCAGUUUGAUCAUGAAAAUGAUGGUAUCAAAUUACUUCAUAUGAACGAUAAAUCAGUUGGUUCUCGUUUAAAUAUCUUAGGUGGUAGUGGAUAUUUUAAGUUUGAAAUGAAUGAAAAAGAAAAGGAAGCAUAUAUUAAAUUGUAUAAUGAACCAGAUAAUUCAAGACAAAUAAUUAUGAAACCAGUGAGACGAGGUAAUACGCAAUUAACUGUUAUUGAUCAAUGUUUACCAUUAUCACAAGCACAAUUGGAUAUACAUGUAGCAGAUCUAUAUGAACUCAAAGUAUUUGGAUCCAGUCGCUUGGAAAACAAUAAAACAUCAUUAUUGUAUUUACAAGUGUACGAUUCAAAUGGAAAUUAUUUUGAUCUAGACGAUAGUACAUUUCAAUUAAUGGAUAUUCAUGUAAAUCAAUCCAAUCCAUUAUUAUCUAUUGAAUAUGAACCAAAAUCGAAUUUAAAUUCUUAUACCAUAGCCUAUCGUUUAAAAGCAAAUGAAUGUGGUCGAACAUAUUUACAAUUUUAUUCAAAACAACAACAUCGACGAAGUUCACAAAUUGAAUUUGAAGUAUUUCAAUCAUUAGUACUCGAACCAAAAUCUUUGACAUUAUUACCAUUAUCAACUUAUCAACUGAGUAUUAUUGGCGGACCUCAACUACCAGGAACCACAGUAGAAUGGUCAACAAAUGAUACAAAUAUCAUUCAGAUACAUGCAAAUAAUAUUAUUGAAGCAAAACAUUUGGGAUAUGCUUUAGUUAAAGCCAGAGUUGUUGGAAUGGAUCGACUUGCCGCUAAGUCAAUUGUUUAUGGUGAAGAUACAUGUUAUAUUCGUGUUAUCCGUGUUCACAAAAUUCGUUUACAUUCUCCGACAACUGAAUUAUUACCUAAAAUGCUUGUACCAUUAAGAAUAAUACCAUUAGAUUCUGAUAAAAAUCCUAUUUUAUUUUGUGAUGUUUUGAGUUCAUUGACGUUUACAUGGUCAUUGUCUAAUACACGCGUAGCUCAAUUACGACCAAUUAUUGGCAAUGUCUCAUUAUCAUUGGCUCGUACAUUUGUUAUGAAUUUAGAAACACUCUCAUCUGGUCGUUUAACAAUUGAUGUCCGUUUAACAACAACAAGAGAACAAUUAUUAAUAACAAAAGAAUUACGUGAUUCAAUUGACUUAACAAUAACUGAACAAUUUAAAAUUGGUGAUUUUGGUGAGACACGUACAAUUUUAUUAAGUCCAAAUUCUCGUUUAUCACUGAAUUACGUACCGAAUGAUGUUGAACUAGAAUUACAAACAUCACCAAUUGUCAAAUUAACAUCAACGGAUAACAGUUUGGAAGCAAAUUCAUUGACAGGUGAAACGAUAUUAUAUAUGAAACAUCGGAACAAAAAUAGUAAAACAAAAUCAAAAUCGUCAAUACUUGGCGCUUAUCUUGUACAAGUAAAACCAAUACAUUAUAUGUUACUGCAAAGUUUUCUGCCUAUAGAAACAGCAUCACUAUUACCUGCUGUACCUGUUGAUUAUAAAUUACCAUUAACGAUUAGUUAUCACGAUGAACUGGGAAGAAAAUUUGAUUCAGCAUCUGUUCCACUUCGCGUAUGGUUACAUCGUCGUGACAUGAUAUCUGUUUCACCGGAUCCUCAUAAUACAACGUACGAUGUAAUUCCAUUAACUGAUGGUUCAAGUAUUGUUGAAUUCGGUAGUAGUGAUUCGUCUUAUGAUCAUUUACGCUCCUAUUUAUCAAUUCAAGCAGCAUCGGGUUUUCUCAUGCCAAAAUCUAUAUCAUCUACCCUAUCAAAGACAAACGUGGUAGAUUCUUAUGUAGUUGGCGAUAUUAUUUGUUUUGAAUCACGUCUGUCUUCCACAACGUACGAUGGUACAAAAGUAGACGACGAAAAAACGACAACAGAAGACGGAGGAAAAGAACGCUGGAGUGGUGACGAUGGUAUGAUUAUUGAUCGUAAAUAUGGUAUUGCACAGUUGUUAAUUGAUGGUGAAAGACACUUACAUUAUCAAAUCGAUGGACAAGUAUUGACAAGUGAACGAUUUAAUGUACAUUUGCCAAAACAAUUAAGAUUAUUAACAACCGAUAAUGAUUUCAUACAAAAUGGACAACAAAAUACAGUUAAAAGUUACUUUUAUCCAGUUAUUUUCGGUAAUAGUCAAACAAAUGUUCAUGGUUUAUGUCAUCGUCAUGGACUUGAGCACGCUCACUCAAAAGAUAUAUUUCACCCACAAUUUCAAUGUGAUUUGGAAUUCAUCAGUAUAGAUGAUGAAUCUUCAUUAACUCAUUCACAAUAUAAAGCAUCGUCAAUAUUUGAUGUUCGUCCUGUAUUUGAUAUCGACCUACCUGGAUGGGCGUGCGAAAUUCGACCAAUACCACCUUUACACCAUUCUCAUCAUUUGAGUACAUUCGAUAAUUCUCUAAGUUUAAUUGUUCAAAGUAAGAAAUAUAGUUUGAAAUCAAAUUCAAUCACAAUCGAAUUUCAACCAUUCUUCUCUGUAAAACCUUCAUCAUCAAUGACUCUCUCCGAUGAUCAUCCAUUUUCACAUAUUCACGUGUAUACAACCGGGAAAAACGAAAAAUAUAUUCAAAUACGUUCAUCAAAUCCUGCUCUUGUACACAUUGAAAAAAACAGUACAACACCAUUCGUUUACAAUGUUGAAUUAAGAACAGAUGAACGACGAACUAAUGAACCGGUCUAUGUUCAUCUGACGAAUACAUUGACAGGACAAGAAGAAAAGCUUGAGAUCAAAUUACAUCGACGAUUAACUGACUAUCCAUUGGGACGUAUGUUAUCCAGUUUAUUCUUUUGCAUCGUUAUUUGUUCAAUUGUUUACGGUCUCGCUAAUUUCUGUAAUCGUGCAAAAAAGCAGCAAAUUCCAUUGUCACCAACAAAAUCACCACAACAAUCACCCGUACCACGUCUCUUCAUUUCACCACCAUCACCCAAUCAAAGUCAAAAUCGUCUGUUACAACAAGAUGAUAUUCUUGAUUAUGGUGCCCCAUCAUUCAGAAGUACCGAUUCAUUUUCACCAACUAAACAACAACUACCAGUCCGUUUAUAUUCUGCCCAAGAUUUACGUACAAGACAAUUACAAUCACCACGUACAACAUCAAGCAGUUUUGCACUAGGGAAUAGUAGUAGUGCUACUGCUGCAACAAAUUUUGAUCUUGAUUUCCCAACGAGACUUCGAAGACUCUAUGAUCAGUGA